AGGAGAAAGGGGUGGAUGCCGGGGGAUAAAGGGAGAGGGCCUCAGUUUCCAUCUCCAACCACAGGAAAUCUGUGAGUGGUUUAAAUGCACGUCUCUUCAGCAGGAAAUCUGAGUUCAAGAGUGGAGAGCAAACAGCAGCAUGGCCAGUUGUGUGGAGCAUCCUGCUGCAGGCUACAAGAAGAUCUUUGAGACAGUAGAGGAGCUGAAUGAACCCAUUCCUGCCAAGGUCAUCGGUGUGAUACCAUCAUGGCUAAACGGCAGUCUCCUCAGGAUGGGUCCAGGUCUUUUCGAGGUCGGGGGUCAACCGCUCCGUCACAUGUUUGACGGACAGGCUAUGAUACACAAGUUUGACCUGAAGAAUGGGCAGGUCACCUACUACAGGAAGUUCAUCAAAUCGGACGCGUAUGUCCGUGCUAUGGCUGAAAACAGAGUGGUCAUCACUGAGUUUGGCACAGCAGCCUACCCUGACCCCUGUAAGAACAUCUUCUCCAGAUUCUUUACUUACUUUAAAGGCAUUGAAGUGACCGACAACUGUUUAGUGAACGUCUAUCCAAUCGGAGAAGACUUCUACGCUGUCACAGAGACCAACUACAUCACCAAGGUCGAUCCCGACUCACUGGAGACAUUAAAGAAGGUGGACCUUUGCAAGUACAUCUCAGUGAACGGGGUGACUGCCCACCCCCACACUGACACAGAUGGUACAGUCUACAACAUCGGCAACUGUUUCGGGAAGAACAUGAGUCUGGCUUACAACAUCGUCAAGAUUCCACCUGCUCAGGAUGAAGACUCAGACCCCAUAGAGAAAUCACAGGUCGUGGUUCAGCUGCCCAGCAGUGAGAGGUCAAAACCCUCCUACGUCCACAGUUUCGGUAUGACGGAUGACUAUUUUGUGUUUGUGGAGCAGCCUGUGAAGAUCAACCUGUUAAAGUUCCUGGCGGCCUGGAGCAUCACAGGAGCCACCUACAUGGACUGCUUCGAGUCCAACGAGAGCAUGGGGACAUGGUUCCACUUGGCUACAAAAGACCCAGCUGCUUAUAUGAGCAGCCACAAGUUCAGAACGUCAGCCUUCAACCUCUUCCACCACAUCAACGCCUACGAGGACGACGGAUUCAUCGUCGUCGACUUGUGCACAUGGAAAGGUCAUGACUUUGUGUUUAAUUACCUGUACAUGGCCAACGUGAAGGAAGAGUGGGAGGAGGUGAAGAAAGCAGCGAUGAGAGCUCCUCAACCUGAGGUCAGGCGAUACGUACUGCCACUGGAUAUACACAGGGAGGCGCAGGGGAAGAACCUGGUGUCUCUGUCCUACACUACAGCUACUGCUGUCCUGCACAGGGACGGCACCAUCUGGCUGGAACCUGAAGUCCUGUAUUCUGGACCAAGACAGGCCUUUGAGUUUCCACAGAUAAACUACUCUCGGUGUCGUGGGAAGAAGUAUUCGUUCGCCUACGGCCUGGGGCUCAACCACUUCAUCCCUGACAGGAUCAUCAAACUGAACGUGCAGACUAAAGAGACCUGGGUGUGGCAGGAGGAGGAGUGUUACCCGUCAGAGCCACUGUUUGUGCCAACACCUGGAGCUACAGAGGAGGAUGAUGGUGUGCUGCUGAGUAUCGUGGUGAAGCCCGGUGCACAGCGACCCGGCUCCCUGCUGGUGCUGGAUGCCAUGAGUCUGACGGAGCUGGCCAGAGCAGAGGUCAACGUCUUCAUCCCCUUGACUCUGCACGGCACGUACAGACCGUGACCGCGGCGCUCACCCUCACC